AUGGGAAAAUGCUUAAGCUGCUGCAAACAGGACCAGAACUUCCAACCAUAUGAAAAUCAAGUCACUUCAGACCUCUGGCAUCAUGGAGCCUCUUCUGUCUCACAAUCAAGUAGAUAUCUUGGUCGUAAAACAUCUCACCCCUCUGUAACACAUAAAGCCAGUUUACCCAGAGGAAGAAAAAGGCUGUGGCUUCCAUCAAGUUCAUCUUUUUCAGAAAGAAGAUGUUUUUUAUUCUUUAGAGUUCAAAAAAGCAAUUCUUCUAUUUACCGGCAACAAAGUAGAGCAAACUUUGAUUCUCAAGAAGACCUAAGCUGUGUUGACGUAAAAUCUUCCUCAGACCAUUUUGGUGUAUUUAGAUCCCAAAGACGUUUCUCUUCCCAUAAACUAAGUGUCGUUUCCUGUUACAAGAGCACCAUUUGUUUUGAUCCUCAAUCGAAUAGUCAAAACAUGUUUAACGUGAAUGAAAUUGAACUUUUUUGUAGAAACCAAAGCAAUACUGAUGCUGAAAAACAUAUAAGCCUCUCUGCUCCCAGAUAUACCACUGAACAUUUUAAGAAUUUUGAAACAAGAGCUGCUUCUUCAGCCCAUGUCCAGAACACUGUUGAUGGAAUUUCCAAUCAACAAAACAUAGCAUCCUUCUUUCCUCUUGCAACUGUUGUUGCCUCUCCCCAUCAACAAAAUGGAAUUGCCACUGAUGUUCAACAAAGAGGCCAAAUAAGUAAAGAUUUGAAAGAUUCCCUUCAUUGUGGUUCUCAAAAUCACAGCACAAGGUAUUCUCCAGCUAUGAUUCAACAGCAUCCCUGUCAACAUGUAACUUCUCCUAUCCUCCAUCAUGCUGGAUUUUCUUCAUCUCCCAAAAAUGCUGGUAGCUUUAGCCCACCUCAAAAUGAAGUUACCUUGGGCUUGUUUGAAGAAGAAAACUCAUCUCAAAAUGAAGGCAUAUCUUCACCUGUUGAAAUUCCUUUAAUAAGGUAUAUUACAGCUAAUACUGAUACAGAAGAACGGAAUUUUCCAAUCUCUAAAGCAUUUAACGCACAUGUAGAAGAAUUAAAGUUAGAUGUCCUUCUUCAGAAGGCAGAUCAUUUACGUAUGGACGAAUCUGGCAAGUUGGAGAGUUUUGAACUACUUUGUGACCACAAAGAAAAGUUUAGAGAUGAAAUAGAGUUUAUGUGGCGGCUUGCUCGUGCUUAUGGAGACAUGUAUGAGCUAUCUACAAAUACACAAGAAAAGAAAUAUUAUGCUAAUAUUGGUUUGUGGGACAGUUUUUCCAUAGCAGUCCAGUUUGCAGACCAUGUACAAAAUGGAAUCCUAGAGAAGAGAUUUAUUAACUUCAAGACUUUCUUAGAGCUUUUUGACUUUGACGUUGAUGAUGACCACGAUAGUGGCAGGUAUGCAGUUUUGUGUGGCUAUGUAUCUGAAUUUGAGGGCUUACAAAACAAAGUCAACUAUGGACAUCUCUUCAAGGAACAUCUAGAUAAAGCAAUCCAACUUUUGCCUGAGGAAUCCUUUUUGUAUUACCUCAAGGGAAGAUACUGUUAUACUGUAUCAAAACUGAGCUGGAUCGAGAAAAAAAUGGCUGCUACUCUGUUUGGAAAAAUACCAUCUUCAACUGUACAGGAAGCUUUGCAAAAUUUCCUUAAGGCUGAAGAGCUAUACCCUGGUUAUUCUAAUCCCAAUUACCUGUACUUGGCAAAGUGUUAUAUUGAUAUUGAGGAAAAACAGAAUGCUUUGAAGUUCUGUAAUUUGGCAUUAUUGCUCCCUUGUGUUACCAAAGAGGAUAAAGAGGCACAGCAAGAGAUAAAAAAAAUAAUUGCUUCCUUGAAGAGGUAAAUAAAAGAACUUACUCUUCAACAAAUCAG